UCCUCUCUUCUCUUCCCACACUCUUACCCUAAGGUCUCUCUCUCUAAACUCUCUCUCUCUCUACAUACCAUAAACCGCUUCCUAUAUCGUACUAACUUGGGCGUCAGAGCGUAGAUCCCGGGGGCCGCUCCCGCCUCACAGGUUCUUUCACCCUAGUGCAUUAAUACAAUACUGUACAUUUUUUUAAAAAGUUACAUGAUUGAAUCGCUAUGUUGUUUAUGAUCAGUUUAAACUAAUCUCACCUUCUUAUAAAUCAUAUAUGUUACUUUCAACUAUCAUGAUAAAAGAAAAUUGGAUCAACUAAGUGAAAAAGACGAUGAGUAGAUAUGAGGAAUUGAGAAAGAACACGAGAACAUUAUACGAGUAAAGCAAUAGUGAACGAAUCACUUGAAGUAGUUCAUGAGUGGGAGUUAAUGCCAUGUGCAACAUAAGAAGCUUCUCGAUACCAUUUGUCUAAUUUAUUGCCAGUAUUCUAGCUCGAUGAUAUUCAUCUUCCAAACUCUGAUGUGAUAUGGCAUAUUAAUUUCAGUGUGAUUACGUCCAACAGACUCCAAUUUACAUGUCAUAAAAAAAUGAUGUAUGAAAUGUACCGAGGAUCAGAUUGUAACUUCUACCAAAGCACGAGGCUUUCAUUGUCAAUUUGCCACGGAUUCCUUAAAAAGAUGAAUCAAAGAUAUUUCAUUAGUCAUUACACACAAAAAUUGAAGACGGAAAAGGAGUAACGGAAGGCGGAAAAUUCUUACUAGCAGUCAGAUAAGUACGCACCUUUAGUGUCGUGGACGCAAACGGAGUUGACGAAUCCACGGGCCGAAGACUCACGGAGAAACUCUUUUUCCCUUAUCAGUUUCAAGCCCGUCGAUUUGACUUACUUUGACUCCAUCGGACGGUUCAGAUCAGUCAGCCGCACCAGCCGCCGUCCGACAAAGCAUUUUUUUUAUUUAUUAAAUUAAAUAUCCACUUCACUGUUGCGCACUCCCAAAUACAACAGCAAAGCGAGAGGAGGGGACAAAAGGUCACAGAAAACGAAAACUCAAGAACCCGAGCCGCGCUCUCGUCUCGUUCUUUUUUUUCCUUUCCCCUUUAUCUUUUCUCCCGCUGCCGAGAAAAUUCGCAGACGCUUCCCGGAAAUUUCUCAGUAGCCAAACAACAAAAGCUGCAGCAGCAGGAAGCUCAGGAAGGAGGAGAGGGUGGAAUUUCAAUUUUCUACCGCCCAAGGUUGGUUUCCCGCUUUUGGUUUGCUUUGCUCUAACUUUUACGCUUUCGGGAGAGACAAAAAAGGCGUUUGUUGGUGCUUUGGAGGUUUCAUUCGCUAUAUUUUUCCGGUAGUUUGGAUCAAGGAAUAUUUGUGGUUGGUAGAAGGAUAAUAUCGGUUUGUUAAAUUUGGAAUUGGUUUUUCCGCUGAUUGGGGGGAUUUUUUUUUUUUUUUUUUGAUGUUUUCCCGAUUCACUUUCUCAGCAGCCAAACACGCGACGGGGUAAAGGAUGCAGCAACCCAGGUCGUAUUUGGACAGGCCGAAUGGCAAGCGAGGGCUCGAAACGAGCUCUGCGGACGAAGGUGGCCAGCCCGAUAAGAAACGACCCGCUUUAGCCAGUGUGAUCGUUGAGGCUCUUAAGGUGGAUAGUCUGCAGAAGCUCUGCUCAUCAUUGGAGCCUAUUCUUCGGAGAGUGGUCAGCGAAGAAGUCGAGCGUGCUUUAGCAAAAUUAGGUCCUGCCAAACUUACUCCAAGGUCUUCUCCUAAAUUCAUCCAAGGGCCUGAUGGCAGAAACUUGCAGCUGCAUUUCAGGUCAAGAUUGUCCCUUCCUCUGUUCACCGGUGGGAAAGUUGAGGGUGAACACGCCACUGCAAUCCAUGUUGUGUUGAUCGACACAAACUCGGGCCAUGUGGUUACAUCAGGUCCGGAAUCUUCGGUUAAAUUGGAGGUUGUUGUUCUUGAAGGUGAUUUCAAUAAUGAAGAUGACGACACUUGGACUAUUGAAGAGUUCGAGUCUCAUGUGGUUAAAGAACGUGAAGGGAAAAGGCCGCUUCUUACGGGGGAUCUACAGGUGAUUCUAAAAGAAGGUGUAGGAACUCUUGGUGAUCUGACUUUUACUGACAACUCGAGCUGGAUUAGGAGCCGGAAAUUCAGGCUCGGUCUGAAGGUUGCUUCAGGAUGUUGUGAAGGCGUUCGAAUUCGCGAAGCAAAGACAGAUGCAUUCACUGUCAAGGACCACAGAGGAGAACUAUACAAGAAACACUACCCGCCUGCUCUGAAUGAUGAAGUUUGGCGAUUGGAGAAGAUUGGUAAAGAUGGGUCAUUUCAUAAGAGAUUGAACAAAAAUGGAAUAUACACAGUGGAAGAUUUCCUCCGUCUGGUGGUUAGGGACUCACAAAAAUUGCGCAAUAUUCUUGGAAGUGGCAUGUCCAAUAAGAUGUGGGAUGUUCUGAUAGAGCAUGCCAAGACUUGUGUCCUCGGCGGAAAAGUUUAUGUCUAUUAUCCUGAAGAUGCACAGAAUGUUGGUGUAGUUUUCAACAAUAUCUAUGAGUUAAGUGGGUUGAUUGCUGAUGGACAGUUCCGUGCUGCUGACUCUCUUUCUGACAAUCAGAAGGUCUAUGUGGAUGGCCUAGUCAAAAGCGCGUACGACAAUUGGACACAUGUAAUUGAGUAUGAUGGAAAAUCCUUCAUGGAUUUUAAUUCAAACGAGAGCACAAUUACGUCUCAAGGCGAAGUGGAAAACAGUCCUCAAGAUCUUUUGGGAUCAUAUAGCCAUCAGCAUGGAUUACCAAGCCUACUGAUUCCAGGCGCUCCACCACCCGAGCAGCCUCUUGCUACUGGCCCAACAAUUGCAGGAUACAAUAACGAUAUAUCAUCAAGAUUCUCAAACCAAUCACACAAUGAGAACCUCAACACGCCAUUUCUGUUCGAUCCCAAUCCGCAACAGCAGCCUCUACAGCAGCAACUAUUGGUUGGGACGUCACAUGAACAGCAGUAUCCAAGAAGUGACAAUUUGCUAGCUCUCGGUCCGCCUCAAACCUCCACGUCAGACUUCCAUAACACCGGACUGUCAGCAAACCUCACCUCACACAGAGGAGUCGCCGUCGAUGACUUCUUCACCGAAGAGGAGAUUCGGUUGAGAAGCCAUGAGAUGCUUGAGAACGACGACAUGCAGAACCUCCUCCGAAUGUUCAACAUGGGUGGAGGAGGUCAGGGUUUCAACGGAUCCUUUGGUGGUGCUGAAGAUGGAUACCAUCACCAUCCUUACCUGUCGAUGUCGACUCCAUACGCCCCCAAUCCAUCUCCUAAUUAUGGCUUCACCGGCGAUGACCAGUCUCGUUCCUCAGGCAAAGCUGUGGUCGGCUGGCUGAAGCUGAAAGCAGCUUUGAGAUGGGGCAUCUUUGUAAGGAAGAAAGCUGCUGAGCGGCGUGCUCAGCUUGUCGAACUAGAUGAUCCUUAGGGAUGGGGGACAAAUCUUGGUCUCACUCACUUCGGUUAUCCUUCCUCAUAGCGGUUAGUGUAAGGAUGUCCUGGCGGCAUUCUAAGUCGUCCAAUCGAGAAUCGGACCCAACUGCGAUUCAUGUGGAAAACGAAUGCACCACAGCUACUUAUUUUUUCACAGCCAUUCGAUUCUCGAUCGAAUGACUGAGGACAUACGAGGAUGAUUCUUGUGCUUACUCUUCUGUGGGGAAUAGCUGAAUUUGGCCUGGUCUUUGUUUUGUCUGUACAGCAAGUAGAGCCUCUAAACCUGCGGCGAUAUAGUUGGAAAAAUCAACUAAAAUUGUGGAGAGCUAUGUUGUUUCUCCAGCUGCAGUGAAAAGGGCCAGUGAAGUGUGCUUUUUGUAUUUGGCUUUGGUUUCUUCAGCAUUCCUUAUAACAAUGAUUUCUCCCGUCCAGUAGCGUGAUGUGGAAUGCGAACUCUUUACUACUUUUUAUUGAUUUCUAAUUUUGCUACGAUUUUCUGGCCCUCUAUUUUACUUUCUGCAUUUAUUGUUUUCGUUUAUUUAGGAUAUUCGAUUGCUUAAUUGUUGUCUUAUUAAUUAUUAUUGUUUUAUAUAUAUUUUGGGAAGCUUAUCCCGUUUAGGAGAAGGUUUCAUAGGUUGUGCUUGUAUUGUAUGUAUAUAUGCGUCAAUAGCCAGAUUAUUUAGGAAAAUCAACUAAAGAGUAUUUUCUUUUUCCAGAUCAUAGUUAUUCGUCAAGAGAAUUUCCGGGCCGGCUAAGGAUCGGAGGCAGCAGCCCCUUUGUGAGGUACGCCGGCCGGCGACAAACAUUCUCCCUGCAAACUUCCCGUUGUGGUUGAAUGUUUGUCGCCGUUCUGGCUACUCUCUCUUGGGAGGUUCUCUUUGCUGACCCUUUAACGAAGCUCAAUGUUGUCAGUCUGCCAUCUACUUGCCAGUCCACAGUCCGUAUGUCUUGGUCGGGGGCUGGACUCUCACCGCAACGGGAAGUACAUUCGGUCAAAAACGUGCUUUAAAAUUUAAAAGCUUAUACUGAGGAAAAAUGCAGUCUGGAUCGUUUACAGCUAUACGCAGAAUUCUGCAAUUUGUACUCGGCUAACUAUCAAACUACCUUCUGUCCCUACUGUCUACAACAAUCAGACUUCUAACUUGUUAUAUUGCAGACCCCAUUGGUUGUGAUAUUGAUCUUACGCGAGGAACGAAAUCAAAGAAUAGAUCGACUUGUAGAGACUCUCUAUGUGGUUGUGUAUGACAGGCGAUCAAUCUACAUCUUUCCCAAUAAAAUUACCGAAUUACAGUCCAAAUCUAGACAUGAGUUCUCCAAUAUGGCUAACUCAAUCAAAGAAUCGCGCUUUUCAUUUACAAUUGUAGUCAAAAUAUACUUUUUAAAGCUUGAAUUACGUUUUUACGAUUCUAGGCCACCAAAACGCUUCUAAAUAGAAUCACGAUUUUGAUGGCACUGAUUGCAAAUGUAUUAAAUCAUGCAUGCAUGCACUCCAAGUAUUUGCCUCUCUUUUUAUGGAUAUAGUAAGUUUUGCAUUUCGAUCUUACACUUCUAUGUUAAAUAGUUUCAGGGGUGGUUGGACAUAAGCCAAGUUGAAUGUGCUUUCCCACCCCGAGAGGUUGAACGAGUGAAUUGCAAGCCCUCUUGGGGGAGAUUUUGCUACGCAGAGCGUGUUGCGCCUUUCUUAGACCGUUUGUUCUCGAUUUGUCGUCCUAAACUGAUUGUCAUAGUUAAAACUAGUCGAGCCAUUUGAAUCUAAUGAUUGAGGAAUCGAUUGCUUCACCCCACCAGAAGCAUUUAAUUAGGUAGUUUGGGAAUGAAAAUUUGACCAAAUCAAUAAAGCGGAAUGAAAAUGGACAGCGUCGUUGCCGUGCGCGGUGCGGGACACAACUUUUCUUUGCUCAUUUUCCACCUCGAGGAUACGUGACAAUUUGACAUGGACAAUACUAGUGGUGGGGUAAUAAAACUUGGGAUGACAA